AUGGCAUGCAACGAACGCGGAGGGUCGCGAGCAGGCAGUUCUAGUCAAGAGGAUGCCUCUUCUGUACCUCACUCCACAAGGGAUUCAUUCUGGACGCCCCUUAUGCGUGCUGCUGCGGAAGGAAAUGCUGGGACCGUCCGGAUGCUGCUUGAAGCGGAAGUCCGUACCGGCCGGCGCAAUAGACAGGGGAUGACGGCCCUCAUGCACGCGGCCCAGCGGGGACACGUUGAUCCUAUUAGGCUGCUUUUUGAGAAGGAGGGUGGCAUCAAAGACAAGAACGGUUGGACCGCGCUUAUGCACGCAGCGUACAACAAUCACCCUGAGGUGGUUGAAAUUCUCGUCCCUCACGAUCGUGGGGAGAAGGACAAGAACGGCCGCACUGCUCUGAUGAUGGCCGCAGAGAGGGGCCACACAGAGAUCGCCUCCUUCUUGGCCCUACACGAGGGGGGCCUGGCCGACAGCAGAGGCCGCACGGCCCUGAUGAUCGCCGCACAGAAGGGGAAUCUUGAGAUUGUCAGGGCCCUUGUCGAGCACGAGAGGGGCCUGAAGGAUAACAACGGCUGCACGGCUCUUUCCUGUGCAGCCCGAGCCGGCCACCGCGAUGUCGCAAUGCUCCUCAUGGCACACGAGAAGGACUUUAUGGAGUGGACGAUGCUCAUGUGUGCCGCGGCCCUCGGAGACACGGACCUGGCAUUCCGGCACCUCGAUGAGAAGGGCCAGAGGGACAAGCGGGGCCAGACAGCCCUCAUCAUCGCCGCCCAGAAUGGAAGGGACGAGGCUGUGGAGCUCCCAAUAGGGUACGAGAGCGAUGUAUCAGGAUGGACAGACCUUAUCUACUCUGCAUACCUCGGGGACACGGAUGAAGUCAAGGAAAACAUUCACGAGAAGGGACGCACUGAUAUCAUUGGGAUGUCUGCUCUCAUGUGGGCUGCACACCAGGGCCACAAGGAAGUAGUGGAGUUCCUCCUCGAGCACGAGAGGGGCCUGAAGGACAGAGCUGGGAAAACAGCCCUCAUGCAUGCUGUUUCUGCAUUCAGUGAUACUUUCGAUGGACGAGCGGUUCCGACUGAUGCGUCAAUGGGUACCGGCCGCGGUAGUGUGGUUUCAGAGCGUUAUGAGGAUCGCCUACAGUGUAUCGAGCUACUUGGGGAGCAUGAAGCGCGUAUGCGGGAUAACAGUAGGAGGACAGCCCUUAUGAUAGCAGCGGAGUGUGGCCACGGGGGAUACGUCAAGAAACUUCUAGAUAAGGAGAGGGGCAUGAGUGAUAGUAAUGGAUGGACUGCCCUCAUGAGGGAAGCAUCCAAUGGCCACACAGAGAUAGCAAGGCUCCUGGUGGAGAAGGAGGGGGGCAUGAAUAAUGGUAGUGGAUGGACAGCACUCAUGUUGGCAGCACGGAAUGGCCACACAGAGGUGGCGAGGCUCCUACUAGAGAAGGAGAAGGACAUGAAGAGUAAGUGGGGUAAUACUGCCCUCAGUAUAGUCAAGGGGUAUAACCACCCCUCUAUCAUCUCUCUCCUCUCAUAG